AUGGAUCAACACAACUUUUCAAGCCUGACUGAUUUUGUGCUCCUUGGCUUUCCCAAUGUGGAACACAUCAAAGGCUGCCUUUUUGUGUUGCUGCUGUUAGCAUACCUGUUCACCAUUGGUGGUAAUACGCUCAUCUUCCUAGUCAUCCAAAUGGAUGUAGCUCUCCAUAAACCCAUGUACCACUUUGUCAGUGUUCUCUCUUUCUUGGAGUUAUGGUAUACAGCCACCACCAUUCCUAAGAUGCUAGCAAAUCUUCUCAGUGAGAAGAAGACCAUUUCUUUUGCAGGAUGCCUCCUUCAGACCUAUUUUUUCCACUCCCUUGGGGCUUCUGAAUGUUACCUUCUUACAGCCAUGGCCUAUGACCGAUACCUGGCCAUCUGCCGACCCCUCCACUACCCUUCAAUUAUGACCACAGCACUCUGUGUAAAGAUGGCUGUUGGCUGCUGGAUCUGUGGUUUCCUCUGCCCUAUUUCUGAGGUCAUCCUUGUCUCUCAGCUCCCCUUCUGUAACUACAAUGAAAUCCCACACAUUUUCUGUGAUUUUCCACCUCUUUUGAGCCUGGCCUGCAAAGACACAUCCACUAAUGUUCUGGUGGAUUUUGCAGUCAAUGCCUUCAUCAUCCUUAUCACUUUCCUUUUUAUCAUGGCCUCUUAUGGAAGAAUCCUUGGUGCUGUGCUGAAGAUAAAAACAGGAGCAGGAAGAAGGAAGGCCUUCUCCACAUGUGCCUCACAUCUCAUUGUGGUGCUCAUAUUCUUUGGAAGCAUCAUCUUCAUGUAUGUUCGGCUAAAGAAGAGCUACUCAUUGACUCUUGAUCGUACUCUAGCUGUAGUCUACUCUGUGCUAACACCUUUGGCCAAUCCCAUUAUCUAUAGUCUUCGAAACAAGGAACUGAUUCAGGCCAUCAAGAGGACUUUCUUCAAGAAGGUAGAGAAAGUUAGUACAACUCAUCCUUGA